AUGGAGCAACUGAUUUCUUUGAAAAAGCGGGCGGUGAUCCAACACUCGUGGCAACAGCAAAUGACUUAUCGUCUCAAUCCACUCGCCACAUUGAAUGUUCCCCUUUUGGUCACCCUUGUUAUCAAUGUCGAUCUGCGUAUGCUUGAUGAUCUACAUUGUUCCACCGAAGACUCCAACUAUUACCAAGGCAACGAUGGUGAUGCUGCUGAGGAUUCGACACGUGAUUUACUGCUCGUUGUAGGUUUGGCUUUGGCUAUUGUUUGA